AUGAAAGAGAUCGCCGAAUGGGGAAACACUUUCAAAGCAGAAGCUGAAGCAAAAGAGAAGGCUGCAGAGGUGCGAACUCUCAUGAAGGUGAAGGGUCUAUGGUAUCCGGAGGUUCAAGGUCGCACAAAGUCGAGUUUCGUCGUGAACAAAUAUCACCACUUGGCCUCGUUGGCAACUAUGUUCGGUCCAUCACCGGACUGGUGUGUGGGCAUUUCGUCCGUGAAUCUCUGUCUUCCCGACUGCUCAUGGGUUGCUGAGAGGACCUUCGAUCUAUUACCUUUUGAUGCUGGAACC